UCUGCGCGCCGGGCGGAGACCGAGGGAGGCGGGUGGAGUUCUAGCGGCGCGGCGGCGGAGCCUGGGCGGGUCUGGGGGUGGCGGAUCUUAGAGUCUGAGGGGCUCUAGUCAAGCGGCCGCGGGAUCGUCCGCGGCCCCUGAACGAAUUGAGGCUGAGGCCGCCAGGCCGUGUCCAGAGUAAGGCAAAGGAGAAUGAAAGAAGUAGAUAAUCUUGAAAGUAUAAAAGAAGAAUGGGAUUGUGAAACAGGAUCUGACAGUCAACCUCUUAGUGAUAAUCAACAAACAAAUUGUGAAUAUUUUGUUGAUAGCCUUUUUGAGGAAGCUCAGAAAGUUGGUAGCAAAUGCUUGUCCCCGACAGGACAGAAGAAACAGGUAGAUCUAAGUAUAAAAUUAUGGAAAAAUGGAUUCACGGUCAAUGAUGAUUUCAGAAGUUAUUCUGAUGGUGCAAGUCAGCAGUUUCUGAAUGCUAUCAAAAAGGGGGAAUUACCUUCAGAAUUACAGGGAAUUUUUGAUAAAGAGGAGGUGGAUGCUAAAGUUGAAGAUAAAAAAAAUGAAGUAUGUGUGUCUACGAAACCUGUGUUUCAGCCCUUUUCAGGACAGGGUCAUAGACUAGGAAGUGCUACACCAAAAAUUAUUUCUAAAGCAAAGAGUAUUAAAGUUGAAAAUAAAAGUAAUUUGUCUGCUAUUCCACUGAACAACUUGGAACCUAUAACUAAUAUACAGAUCUGGUUAGCCAAUGGGAAAAGGAUUGUCCAGAAAUUUAACAUUUCUCAUAGGGUAAGCCACAUCAAAGACUUCAUUGAACAAUACCAAGGAUAUCAAAGAAGCCCUCCCUUUUCCUUGGCAACAGCUCUUCCUUUCCUCAGACUGCUAGAUGAAACACUCACACUGGAAGAAGCAGAUUUACAGAAUGCUGUAAUCAUUCAGAGACUCCACAAAACUGCAGAACCUUUUAGAAAACUUACAGAGCAUUGAUUUUUUUAUGGACUGAGUGGAAAAUUUACAGAGAAAUGCUGGUUGUAAGUGGGCAUGCAAACUAAAGUAGAGGACAGAAAAAGUCAGAUUUGCUGGACUUUUGGUUUGCCUACUGUUUACCUCUCCCGAGUUAGAAGAUUUUUGAAAUAAGUACAGGUUAGGAAAGUAACAUAUGACUAGAAAAUUAUAUUCCAUGCACUUUUUCCAAAAGCCUACUCAAAAGAAAAACAACUUAUUUUCAAAUACUAAUUAAUCAGCAUCAUGUAUGUUAAAUAGCUAUAUCAUUUAGAAUCUAAAUGUGGUUUAGAUAUAUAGCUAUAUCAUUUAGAAUCUAAAUCUAAAUUAGCAAAUAUGUUCACAGCUUCAGUCAUUUAAACAUUCACAAACAGCAGGCAUUUAUUUAAAUGUUAGCUGUCUUAGUAUUUUUUUUUUUUUUUUUGUAGAGACAGAGUCUCACUUUAUGGCCCUCGGUAAAGUGCUGUGGCCUCACACAGCUCACAGCAACCUCCAACUCCUGGGCUUAAGCGAUUCUCUUGCCUCAGCCUCCCAAGUAGCUGGGACUACAGGCGCCCACCACAACACCCGGCUAUUUUUUGGUUGCAGUUUGGCCGGGGCUGGGCUCGAACCCUCCACCCUCGGUAUAUGGGGCUGGUGCCCUACCGACUGAGCCACAGGCGCCGCCAGCUGUCUUAGUAUUUUUAAAUGGCACGAUACAUCAAGAAAUUACAUGUGGCAGGUUAAAAGAGCCAAUGUAAUUAUUUUAAAAUUCAGAUACAAUCGAAAGGUUAGACCAGUUUUUACCGCUUCUAUGCCUAAACCUCACAGUGUUCUGUUGUCAUUCUGCAUUGGCAAGACAUACUCAGACUAAUUUGGCAGGCAAUAGUAUCUAAGAUGUAUUUUCAUUUAAGAAUAAAAUUGUGUGGCUUAGAAUAAUGUCAGUAAUUAAUCUGCCUACUCACAUUUCUACAUAUUCUAAAGUUUUUAAAAGUUACAUUCUGCCUACAGUGAACCCAGUUCAUUUCCUUUUAUUUCCUUUCAAAAACUUGGGAUUUGUCUUUAGCUAACAUUUGGGAUCAGCCAUUCAUUUGCCACCCUUACUUAGAAUCUAAUGUCUAUUUGUCACAUUACUAAUUAAUGAAUAUUUUUAUAUUUCAUACAUCAGAGUCAACAUGAAUAUACAUUAACGGAUUAUUUAUUAUGUCUUGGUGUCACCAAGGAAAACGUGCUUUGUAUCUUAGACUUCUAACUAAAACAAGUUAGACCUUAAUAAUUUACUGUCACAUCCCCUUGCCUGCGAAUAAGUUGAAGAAGCAUUUUGUUUUAUUUUCAUAGAGGCAUUUUAUUUUUCAGUACGUAUUACAUCCCUAGAAAAAGAAUCCCAGGAUUUUCCCUCCUGUGUGUUUUCUUCUUCGUGGUCCAUGAUGCCAGCUGAAGUUGUCAGUACAAUGAAACCAAACUGGCGGGAUGGGAGCAGAUUAUUCUGCCAUCUUUCUAGAUCUCUGAGUUGCACAUCAAACCUGGGGUGGAUCACUCUACACUCGUUUAACCUGCCUGUGAGGUUCUCAACAAUUUUCCCAGCUCUGUGAUCCUUGAUGAUUUCAAAUUCACCAAUGUAACCAUGCUUCAUCAUCACAGUUAGAAAGGGGACAAUGACUUUGGAGCCUGGCCUUACAAGAACCUGGCAUUUGCCUCUCUUUUUGGCAUUUAUUGUUGAUCCUUCCAUUUCCCCUCCUCCCCCCCUUUUGAGACACAGUCUCAAGCUGUCGCCCUGGAUAGAGUGCUGUGGCGUCUCAGCUCACUCACAGCAACCUUCAACUCUCGGACUUAAGCGAUUCUCUUGCCUCAGCCUCCUGAGUAACUGGGUCUACGAGUGCCCGCCAUAACACCCAGCUAUUUUUGGUUGUAGUUGGCAUUGUUGUCUGGCAGGCCCGGGCUGGAUUCGAACCCGCCAGAUCCGAUAUAUGUGGCUGGCACCCUGGCCGCUGAACUACAGGCGCCGAGCCUGUUGAUACUCUUAAAGAACAUCAGCCAGGACGUUCAUGCACACCAUUAUGGUGGCAUGGAAAGAGGCCAGGCAGGACUGAUAUUUUUGCCCUCUGCCCUAGACAGACGGAGGGCAGAGUUUCCGCACACUGGCACGCAGGCGCACACGCAUCCCUUGCAGUUCAGAGGCAGGUGCAGACAGCAGCUGGGUGGAGUCCCAGAUGAAAAUGAUUUAACAGUCGAGGAGUCUGAGGCCGUGGGGUCUACGGCGUGUGUGCCCUUAGCCCCGAAGGGCUGAAAAAGCAUUUUCAAUUAGAAUUAAAAUG